GGGGCAAGGGCGGGGCCUAGCAGUCCUGACUCGGGAGAUAGUGCAGCCCUCCCGGACUGGGCUACGAGGUUGAGUAUUAUUACCGACUGAGGCUUCCCGGAGCCCGGAGCAAAAGGGGACCGAGGAAACCAUGAGUGCGGUGGACCUUAGUCGCGUGGGCGCGUGUGUCUUGAAGCAUGCAGUGACCGGGGAGGCUGUGGAGCUGCGGAGCCUUUGGCAGGAUAAAGCUUGUGUGGUGGCAGGUCUGCGACGCUUUGGCUGCAUGGUGUGCCGUUGGAUCGCUCAGGACCUCAGCAACCUCCGGAGCUUUCUGGACCAACACGACGUGCGCUUAGUGGGCGUGGGGCCUGAGGCCCUGGGCCUGCAGGAAUUCCUGGAUGGUGGCUAUUUCUCAGGAGAACUCUAUCUCGAUGAGAGCAAGCAGUUCUACAAGGAGCUGGGCUUCAAGCGGUACAACAGCUUGAGCAUCCUGCCGGCUGCCCUGGGGAAACCUGUGCGUGAUGUGGCCUCCAAGGCUAAGGCUGUUGGCAUCCAGGGGAACCUGUCUGGUGACCUCUUGCAGAGUGGAGGCCUGCUGGUGGUCAGCAAGGGUGGUGACAAAGUACUGCUACACUUCAUCCAGAAGUCCCCAGGUGACUAUGUUCCCCAGGAGGACGUCCUGCAGGCCUUGGGUAUCUCUGCAGAGGUUUCCUCCAGCAAACCACCCCAGUGUGACGAAGAGGUGUGUGGGAGGUGAUGCCUGGCCUCUGAGGACUUGGAGGCGUCUGCAACCUUGGAUGUAGCUGGAGUAGAAGGAAUUGCUGUGGAGCCAUUGGGACAUGAUACUGGACAUUGUCUCCUCCUUGAAUGGCAAUGAGCCAUUAAAGCGCAGGUCCUGGGCAGUGAGUGUCCCCACUGCUUCCACACUCUGCAUUCUCUGGUUCCUACUGUUGUCCCUGCGGGCAGGAGGGACUCGAAGUGUAAUCUUCCAGAGGACAAGACUUCAGGUUUUGGUUGUGGGAAUCUGGGGACAACAGUGUCAUUUCCUUACAAGGUCACCCUGACACCGUUCUCACUCCUUUGGAGGAUGCAGAGAGGAGAGUUUGUUGGACUCAGCUCCCAGCUGGAGCCCAGCUGUGGGGAAUGGGAGGCAGGUGUCUGCUUGUGGUUGUGGUGGAGGGUGGAGGCUAAUGGGACUCAGAGAAGAGGUGGCAGACGAAGACUGAGGGACCAUUUCUGGAGCUGGAAACCCUUUCCGGAUCUGUCCUGGAAGAAGCCUGGGUCUGACUAAGCAUGUCUGUUUCCCCGGGGUCCUAAGGUCUGAGCAGAACUCCAGACACCCCACCAUUUCAGGUCUUCCCUUCUCAAGGGUUCUUCCCUCUAGGUGGGCUCUGAUGACCAGCCUAGCACUUUCUAAGACCAAGCCAGGGUGACUGCCAUGUCUAUCUCGAUGUCCUCCCUCUAUCCAGGGACAUCUGUAAACAGCAGGUAAUGCCUCCUUUGCGGUCUAGACCAUCUCUGGCUUCCAGAUUCCACCUGUUGCUCCCCAUGUGGUCCCUCUGCCAGGUACUGAUGUGAGUCACCAGGAUAUAUAGGUCAGGUCCAUUCCAGGAAGCCCAACUCACCGAAUUGUAGACCCAAAGGGUGGCCUCUCGAGGCAUCCUGGUGUCUUCAGGGUUCUUAGCACAGAAAACUGGGAGGCUGGUCAGGAGCUCUUUCUC